AAACUUAACACAAAAUAGAAACAUAGAAAUGCUCAAGUGGCUGAUAGUUGUUGUGGUGCUUGUGGCUUUGGUCAGCGCCGAGCUGCAUCGCAUUCCCAUACGGAGGCAUCAGCAGAAGACGCACAAGCGUCAACAUAUGAAGGCGGCAACCCGCUGGCUGCAUCAGAAAUAUCAUUCAUCGGGUGCUCAACUCGAAGACUAUGUGGUGCCCGACUAUGCUGCACCCGACUAUGGCAGCAAUGACAGCGAGGAGAACUCGAACGGAAGCCAGGAGAGCGACAACGAUUACACAUCCGAAUCACUGAGCAAUAAUCAAAAUAUGGAUUACUAUGGCGUGAUUGCGAUUGGCACACCGCCGCAAUACUUCAAUGUGGUCUUCGAUACGGGCUCCUCGAAUCUAUGGGUGCCAUCGGUGAUGUGCCUGGCCAGCGAUGUCGCCUGCCAAAAUCACAAUCAAUACAAUGCGAGUGCAUCCAGCACGUAUGUGGCAAAUGGCAGCAGCUUCUCCAUACAAUAUGGCACCGGCAGCCUAACCGGUUUUCUAUCCACCGACACGGUUACAAUCAACGGCCUCAGCAUUGUGAAUCAAACAUUCGGCGAGGCGAUCUCACAGCCAAAUGGCAGCUUCACCGGCGUCCCAUUCGAUGGCAUUCUGGGCAUGGGCUACCAAACGAUCGCUGUCGAUGAGGUCGUCCCCCCCUUCUACAAUCUCUACGAACAGGGCCUGAUCGAUGAGGCCACAUUUGGAUUCUAUUUGGCACGCAAUGCGUCCUCACUGGAUGGCGGGCAAUUGGUGCUCGGUGGCAUCGACUAUCAACUGUUUAGCGGCAAUCUAACCUAUGUGCCAGUCUCCCAGCCAGGCUAUUGGCAAUUCGAGAUGAUCAGCGCCGUCAUGGGUGGCUACGUGGUGUGCUAUAAUUGUCAGGCAAUUGCCGAUACGGGCACCUCACUCUUGGCCUGUCCGGGCAGCUCUUACAGCACCUUGAAUCAGCUCAUUGGUGGCCAGCUGAUCGAUGGUGAUUACUACGUUGACUGCUCCACAAUUGACACGCUGCCCGUGCUCAGUUUCAAUCUGGGCGGCACCAUCUUUGAGCUGCCCGCCUCCGCGUAUAUCAGCACCUUCAGCGAAGGUAAUGCCACGUUUUGUAUGUCCAGCUUUACGUACAUCGACACUGACUUUUGGAUUCUUGGCGAUGUCUUCAUCGGUCAGUAUUACACACAAUUCGAUUUCGGUCAGAAUCGCGUUGGAUUCGCGACAGCCGUUUAAAAUAACUGCAUCGAAAUAAAUAAGUUCGCAAAUUUGACAACUGAAAUAGAAAAUUCUUUGAUAUUAAAAACCUAAAUAUCGUGUGUAUUCCAAAAAUUCUAGUUUAUUUUUUUAAUUUCAUUUUCAUUAUUUUCAUUUUACCGUCAUUUUAGGAAUUCUUCAAUUUAAUAUUAUACAAAAUAGCUGCGAAAUUUGACAGCUGAAAUAGAAAAUUCUUUAAAAUUAAAAACAAAAAACUUCGUGUGUAUUCCAAAAAUUCAAUUUGUUUUUUUUUUUAUUUAAUUUUAAUUACAUUUGAUAGCUGAAAUAGAAAAUUCCACUCUUUAAAAUUAAAAAUAAAAACUUUGUGUGCUUUAAAAGUUGUUUUUUUGUUUAAUUCAUUUUCAUUACAUUCGAUUUACGUUCACUUUAGACAUUCUUCUAUUCCAUAUUUUAUAAAAUAACUGCAUCUAAAUGAGUGCGCAAUUUGGCAGCUGAAAUAGAAAAUUCUUUGAAAUUAAAAACAAAAUCUUCGUGUAUUCCAAAAAUUAAAUUUACUUUUCUUAUUUCAUUUUCAUUACAUUCAUUUUUCCUUCAAUUUAAGAUUAUAUUAAAUGGCUGCAUAUAAAUGAGUGCGCAGUUAGACAGCUGAAAUAAUAAACUCCACUCUUUAAAGUUAAAAACAAAAACUUUGUGUGCUUUACAAAAAUUCAAGUUGUUUGUUUUAUUACAUCUUCAUUACAUUCAUUUUAAUUGAACCCUAUUUAUGCAUUCUUCUUUAAUUGCGCAUUUACAUUCAUUUCGGGUUUUCAAUUAUUGUAUUCACUCAAUUCAUUUUCUUUUUCUUUUUUUUGUUUGACAAGUAGUACAAGUAUUUGUUUUUUUUUCGCUUAUUAUUACAAACUAUAAUCAGAGAAUUCCUUCACAUCUAUUUUGUUGAAUUAGUGCUGCUUCAUUUUAAUUGAAUUAUUGAUUAGAAGUGACUCAAGGGAUUCCCCCACAUUUAUUCUACUGAAUGUGUUCAAUUGACCAGUAUAUUAUCAUAAUAUUGAAAUAUGAUGCUCGAAAGUUCAAACAUUAUUUUAAAAUUAUUUUUUUCUUAGAGUUUCGUAAGAUGCUUUAUCGAUUCGGAUAAACAUUUGACUCACAUUUGGUCGUUCGAUAUACCAUGUUUCGGUGUUUAAGUUGUUUUGGGCUUUGAUCAUGCUCAGAAUGUGAUUAUCCGACAUUUGUAUGUAAGAUUGAUAAGCUGACAACAGUCUGUGAGUCGGUGGGAAUUGAUCUUCUUCCACUAGCAUAAAAUCGAAAUCGCAAUUCAACUGAAUAUUUUUAAAAUUAUUUCUGACCCAAUUGGCUGCAUCUGGAUUGAGACAUUUGACCAUCAGCCAAUAAUCCAACCACUUAAAUCCAUUAAAAUGAGCAACCGAUGCGUUGUCGGAUUCCUUAAUAGUCUUUACAAUCGCUUCCCUUAUCAACUCUGACUGUUUCAAAGUCAUUCUUGGUUUUCCU